UUUAAUUAAAAAAUAUUAUUGGAUGAUAAAGAACAGACCUCAAAGUAUGUCCAGUAAAAUUUUUGCGAUGAAAUAUCAUAAAGCUUACAAAUGGCGACUGAUUUUGUGCAGGGGGGUCCAGUGGAUCCCAUAUGACCGCUAUGUUAUUAUUUGGAAGUAUGAUCUUAACGGGUUAAAUAAAUGAAUGAAGAUAUUUUGAUACUAUUACAUAGCAACAAAAUAGUAAACAAAAUAAAAUAAGACAUUACCUUAUGUUUAGUGAACUUUAUUUAAACUAACGUAUAGCUUACAAGCCCGCUUGCGGAGCCCGCAAGAUGCGGGUCACCAAUUUUAAUAAAAUUUUAUGGAUGUGUAAUAUUCACUCACACCUUUACUGUGGUAAACCAGUUCGUUGCGGAUAUUGAGCAAUCUCGAGAAAAUAAAAUAACGAUUAAAUAUUUCCAUACUUGCAGUACCGUUACAGCUUUUAGUUUUUUUUAAGAUUAGACAAAAAAAAACAAUAACAAAACUGUUUUACUUGAAGAUCGUUGUAAAUAUGACGCUUUUUCUAACACCUGACACUACGCCACUGGCUCGACAAUCAUUCUUCUGUAACAGUAUUAUAGGGGCUGGAAAUAUUGAAUCGUAAUUUUCUUGAGAAUGCCCAAUAUCCGCAACGAACUGCUUUACUAUCGUAAAGAUGUGAGUGAAUACUACACACUUAUAAAAUUUUAUUAACAUCGGUGACUUGCAUUUUGCGAGCUUGCCUUGUUAGUAAAACUUAUAUUAAAAAUGAUGUUCUUAUGUUGAACAGAGUUUUGUUCUUAAAUAUACAGAACAAAAAUUGUAAUUUUUAGAAUGUCGGAAUAGACCUUUAUUUUAGAAAAGAAUGGAAUAUUGCAGAAACCAUAAUUACUAAUUAAAUUUUGAAGAUAAAGUUUCGCUAUAUUUUAAAGAAUUUUAUAAUUGAAUAAUGAUUGAUAAUGCACUUUAAGGUCAAAAUUUGCCUAUGAAAGAAAUGUUUAAAAUUGAUCUAUUUUUAUAAUAUUGGUUUUGUUGAACUAGAAUAUAAAGUGAAAAUUAUCCAGUUUGGCAAACUUUGUGAAAACGCAAUUUUUUUACACGAAAGUCUUGUUUUGCAGAAAAUAUUUUUUUAAUGAAUACAAGAUAUGUCUUAUUAAUGUUCUUUCAGCGCGGUAAGCAGUGCGCAGAAAAUUUUCCAAAUUGAUAUUCUAAUGUAUUUAUUUAUAAUCCAUGGAUGUUUCGGCUUUUUUUCGGGGCAUCAUCAGCCAUAUUCUAAAUUGAACAGUACCUCAAAGACGAGUCAUGAUAAAAACAUCUUUAUGUCUCUCCUUUACUUUAGUACGGGAUUUAUAGAUCCUGUGAAAAUGAAAUCUUUGGAAACUUUCGUCAAGGAGUAUCUAUGUAAUCUUAUUUGAAAAAGUACAUUACAUCGAUACUCGAUUUCUUGAAGUUUAUUAUUGUCGCCUUUUCAAUGUGCUGAUUGGUUCUCAUUUAGCGCUUACUUCGUGAACAGCUGUAUGUUAUCGCGGAGAUUGUGUAUUUUGACCAUAGACUUAGGAAUUUUGACUAUGUGUAUAAGAGGUUAAUAGUGUAAUAUUAAAUUUAUAAUUUGUAUGAAAUUAUGUAAUAUCAAAAGCUCUGUAGCGUGCGCAUAACGCGUGUUUGUUUUGUCUAAUGUAAAUAAAAAGCACAAAUAAACUUGAUUUCAUGAAACGCAUUUCUAUGCUAGAUUUCAUCUCUAUACUUUUAUAUAUUGAGUUUUGCGUAUGUAAAAAAAAUGAUUUUUGUUAUACUACAACAUAUUUAUUAUUAAUAAAAAAUUAAAGAAACAUUUGCAAUUUCAGUAUGUUGAAAUGAAAGAGGAUUGUGACAUCUAUAUGAUAAUAUUAUAUGUAUAUAUGAACAUUACAGUAAUUGACUACAUUUGUAAUUUUUGGUUAGAUUUCCGAGUCGGCGUCCAUUGCCCCAUUACAGCUGUCAGCUUACCGAUCGCGCAUAAGUUGUGCAACGCUUUGUCUCAGAAACAGUGGUAUCAUAUAAAUUAUCAUCAUUUAUCUGUGCGAAUUCGGACAUUGUUUCAACCACAUUAUUAACUUAUUAGAAAAUUCUCCAUGAUAUUAAUAAUUACACAUUAUAACAAGAAGAAAAAUAGAAAACAAAAGGUGAAUGUAAACGAAAGAAAGAAGCGACGAUGGAUCAUAGAAAAGAAAAUUAUAGGAUAACAUGGCGAUUAUGGAAAUUGAAAUUCUUGGACCAACCGGUCUAAGAUAUGCCAGGGAUAACAAUAUCUCAACAAACCUCAAAAACACCAUUGCUAUUGUCGGCUGAUAUAUCAUAUCAGUCGUCGUUGUCCUGGGAUUGCCAGGUCUACGCGACACGACGCAAUCUCUUUACAUCAGCGAUUGUCAAUUCACGUCCAAGUAAAGCAGUACACUGUUUAAAUUUAAACCCUUACUUGGUGAAUGAAUCACAUCCGAUAUGUGAUCGAGUGAACUGUCGAACAAUCCAUUUCAGUUAUGCAAUUCCAAUUGACAUCGUGCACGUUCGAAAGAAUCCCGAAUUAGUCGAAUUGGUGUUGGAUCAAUCUAUUAAGUUGAGCAAUAAAUUGGUGAAUUUUCUACUCAAUUAUCAUCCGCAAUCACAUCAACAACAGCGUUUCUAUGAUAUGGCUGCCACAGCUAAGCAUGAUUUACGUCGUAAAUUUCCCGCGGAUACGUCCGCUUCCGGAGAGGAAGAUAUCGCCGCGAUUGCCAAACAGAUCAGUGAUCAUGCAGAGGCGAUUUAUCAGACAUGGAAAAGCCGUGGAUUAGCACCAACGGAGAUAUUAACUUGCCAUAGCAAUACAACUGCUGUUGACAAAUUUGGUAGUGCAUUGACACCAUCCAAUUCGUCCGCUAUCGGGAAUGCUGUAAUUGGAAAUAAAAUUGGUGAUAAAACGUUGCCGUCAGUCGAAAAUUCUUCUUCAACGACCGUAGAUAUAUUAACUCAAACGCCGAAUUUGGAUAAUGGUAAUCUUGAAAAACUAGUCAAUAAUUUUGUAGUAGAAGACAAAGCUAGAAUAGCUGCUUCCAAACAAAGAUCACCAUCUAAGCCAUUACCAUAUUCUAUUCAAUUUGCCUUACAGAAAUUUGAGAAAAAUUCUAUGCAGCAACAGCAGACAACUGUCACAAAGAAUAAUAUAAUUUCCGAUAAUUCGAAGAAAUUGACGAGUGUUUUAUUAUCACCUACUUCAUCGUUUUUGAAUAAACCAUCACAAAUAAUAAAACCUCAAGUUCCUGCGAAGACACCCAGCUCUCAUCAUUGCGAAAUCUUCCUGGAGACUAUUGAAACCACUUUCCCAGUUGAUUUGACACUUUCCAAUAGAGUGACACAGCAAAAGAGGCCCAAUAGUACAUUAAUUGCAUUAUCGCCUACUGAUUCUUCGUUAAACAUUAACUCAUCGCACUCGACCAAUUCAGGUUUGACAACUUGGCCAUUGAAAAAUAAAUUAAACGACUCUAAAAGAAUUGCAGAUGUAUUUUGCACAUCAGCAACAUUUCAGCAAGAAAAUGUUACGAAAACAUUGCCAACGCAGAAUGAAAAAAAAUCGAUUAUGACGAACGUGAACUCGCGAUGUGUGUGCCUCGAUGAAGUCGCACGAGAAGAAGAAAGACUGAUAAAUGCUUUAAAAACAGGUGCUAUAAUCACUGAAGAACCAGAGGGGACAAUGGAGACCUGUUCGUGUAACAGGCAAAAAUCGACUAUUAAGGAAAAAUCAAAGAUUGAAUCGGUCAAACAAAUUAUUGGAGGCCAUAAUUAUCAUGGCAAUAGUCCGAUAAUAUCUAACUCCGGGACUUUUAAUUCUACGUCAAGUGAAAUUAAUACUGGCAAUGUUGUUGCCAGCGCUACUGUGUCUAGUGGUCAUAUUGCGUUAGUCAAUAACGCGAAAUCACUUAGCAAGGAUGAUCUAUCCGCUAUGUCAGCAAUUGACUAUGCUAAAGUCAGAUAUCAAGCUGCUCAACAAAAUCCACCUACUCAACAGCGACUUGAAGAACAGCGAGCUUCCAACAGUUCGUACAAUUCCACUACAGAACAAUUGGUUUCCAACGCGAGAACAAAGUUCGAAAUGGAGAUACGAAAGGAUAAAGAUACUAAGGAUUCGGAUAAAGAUUCAGUUACAUCUAAAUGGGGACCAAGAAUUACUUCUCCACGACCACGUCUAGAACAAACUGUGCCUCAUCCAGAAUUGACUAAUCAACAAAAGCAGCAUUUAAGAACAGCUGCGGCGACAGCUACAAGCAACAAUCCCAUCAGACCGUUUCUCACUAGAGGUUCCGUGGCAGAGCGUGUACUCAUUUUUGAGAAAUGCCCGAGCGAGCUGCUGUUAGAUAAACGUGGUCCACGACAACCGGCUAUUAAUACGUGGAGGGGUGGUCAUGAAGUGCAAAAUAAAGCUCAGACUUAUUCGAAAGAGAAAACUCAGCAGAAAAGUCUACCAUCACAUACAACUUUACAAAGGCAGGUGAAAGCUAAUAGGAAUGUUCAUAUACCGAGAUUUUAUUUUCCAGGAGGAAAGCCACUACCUCUAUCACAAUUAGAAACAAACAUUUCAAAGAUUACUGCGGCCUUUCAAAGUUUACCGAAUUGUCGUGCUUCUCGCGCUCAAUUUCAUAUUAUCACGAAGGCUUGCGACUUACCCUUGUACUGGAAAAUACCACUUUUUCUGGCAGCAGCCGGUGAGCAAAAAGGAUUUGUUGAGAUGAAUGCUUUUCAAGAGUUUUGGAAAAGAUUAACAGCUACCCAUCACGAUGCAGCUAGUAAAUUCAUCAAUAUUAUCACUCGGGGACUUCGGAACAAUAUCCUGCCAGAGGACUUGAUUCCACUCGUACAGGAUGUAGUAGAAACGCAUCCAGGAUUGACAUUUCUAAAAGAAGCUACGGAAUUUCAUUCCCGUUAUGUACACACGGUGAUCGCUAGAAUAUUUUAUUGCGUGAAUCGAAGUUGGAGUGGUAAAAUUUCAAUUGCUGAAUUAAGAAGAAGUAAUUUAUUGGCAGUAAUUGCUCUGCUCGAGCAUGAAGAAGAUAUUAAUCAAGUCACAGCAUACUUCAGCUAUGAACACUUUUAUGUGAUAUACUGCAAGUUCUGGGAGUUGGAUCGCGAUCAUGAUCUCUUUAUUGAUAAAAUAGAUCUAACAAGACAUAAUGAUCAUGCAUUAUCUACUCGAAUGAUCGAAAGAGUAUUUAGCGGUGCCGUGACGAGAGGAGGUAGAGCAAAAACUAAUAACAACGCGCAACAACCAGAAGAUAAGAUGAGUUACACGGAGUUUGUAUGGUUUCUUCUUAGCGAGGAAGACAAGAAUCAUCCAACUGCCAUUGAAUAUUGGUUUAGAUGUAUGGAUCUCGAUGGCGACGGAUACUUGUCGAUGUACGAACUGGAAUAUUUCUAUGAAGAGCAAUUACGUCGAAUGGAAGCAAUUGGCCUAGAAACAUUGCCUUUCGAGGAUUGUCUUUGUCAGAUGUUGGAUAUGAUUCAUCCAGUGAUAUCAGGCAAGAUAUCAUUAAAUGACUUGAAAAAAUGCAAAAUGACGUCCAUCUUUUUUGACACUUUCUUCAAUCUGGAAAAAUAUCUAGAUCACGAACAGAGAGAUCCAUUUGCCUCAACGAGAGAUCAUGAUGCUGAUGGUCACGAACUUUCGGAUUGGGAUCGAUUUGCAGCCGAAGAAUAUGAAUUAUUGGUUGCCGAAGAAAGUGGCAAUGAACAACAAGAACAAAUGUUGCAUAAUAUUGUAUCAUGGAAAUUAUCACCAAGUGUGGACAUUUUAAUAGACAACUCGGUGAAUGUGUCCAAAGAUGCAAAUUCGUUAAUGAAUUCAUUGGAUAUUCAUGUGCAACAGUCGGAACAUCAUGAUAGCGGCGAUACAGAUACAGACGAUUAUGCUGACAGUGAUAAUUGAUAAAUAUUCAAUAUAUAAUUGGAGGAAAAGGAUAAAAAUUAUUACUGAACAAUAAAUUUGUUCUCGUUCCGGUUCUCUUCUGUCACAAUCACGGAAUGCUGCAGUACAUCAUAUAUAGGAUCAUAUAUAGGACAGACAGGUUUUUGGUUUUGGAUCUCCUUUGUUUCUAUUAAACACUUCGGUCAACUACCGUUACCGUCUUGACAAGAAGACGUCUUUCUUAACGUCUAAACAACUAUUACGCAACCUAAAUACCUAAAUACUCCUGCAUAUGAAUAAGAAUGACUGAAGGAAAUGGUAUUCGUAUUGGACUAAUUGGACAUCGUGCUCUUUCUUCGUAACAAUCUUCACUGAUGACUACUUUGCUAUUGGCAAUAAUGCGUCGAUGUCAAUAAAAUUGGAUACACUUGAAGCUGGUGAGUUGGAUGAUCUUCCAUGUGUAUUACAGUGGUAUUAUGGUAAAAAAACAGCAAUGAUGCCAAUCAUACUCGUGUUCGUCAAGGUAAAUUACGCGAAAUAAUUUCAUUAUAAUCGCUAAUAAAACAAUUUUUACUAGUGAUGGUUGUCACUGAAAAGUGCUGUAUUACACGAAUGUAUGAAAUUUUGGCAAAUAUUUAUUCAUUCCAAUUUUUGUAAUUGUCAAAUAUUGUAUGGUACUUGUAAACACACGUAAAUGUAACAACACGUGAUAUAACAGCAAUAUUACAAUGAAAUACAGUAUAAUUGUUGCUAGAACAUUACAAAAAUAUUACAGUAAUAUUAAAAUGUCCGCCAAAAUCAAUCACAAUGGUAUAAUGUGACAUAACACAAUUGUAUUAUCGUAAUAUAUGUAUAUAUAUGUAAUAUUUAUGUAAUAUUUAUGUAAUAUUGCGAGAAAGUAAAGCGUUUUAAUAUUUUUAUGUUGUUACGACCGUGAGAGAAUGUUCUCACGCACUCGCGCGACGUAAAUGCUCGCACACGUCAAAUAAAAGAGCUUGCUUAGAAUAAUGAUUUUUGUUAUAAAAGCGUAAAAUGCCAAAGAGUACAGCAAGAAUGCGAACUUAGUCGCGCGGGUGUGUUAGUAAGAAUAUUCUCUCACAAUCAUAACAAUAUUAUAAAAUAUAUUGCAGUUGUGUUAUUAUGAUUUAUUUAUUUUUAUUUUAAAGCCCAAUUUUGGGAGCUUAUUUUUAAAAGGUCACCUUCAAUCAACUUCAAAAGCAUCCUUUUACCAUUAUUUCAUUAAAAUAGCUGAAAAAUCUCAAUGUUCCAUCUUUUCCAUUCUGUCCUGUAGUUUUUUAAUUACAAGCAAUAAAACACUGCCAUGUUUAUUUGGUGAAUACACUGUAAUAUAAUGCAAAUAUUAUAAAAAUAUUACAAUGUGAUAUAUUGCGUUAUAUCUCAUUAUUAAUAAUACAACCGCAAUAUAUCGCAAAAUAAUAUUUCUGUAAAAUUUCUAUAAUAGUUCUUUAUAUAGUUCUGUAAUUUGUAUUAUAAUACUAAUAUUAAUGUUAGUGUAAUAUUACUGACAUAUUACAUGUUGUUGUGGGUGUGUGGUUGUGUACUCAAAUGUUUGCAAUUUUUGUCGAAAAAUACUUUAAGAAUUAAUUUUAUUAAUAGUAUUUAAUAAAUUUGUAAUUGUUUGACAGUUUGAUUGUUUUUUAAUUAUAAUCGAUCGAAUUUUCAGUCGAAUGAAAUAACUGAGUUGUAUUCAGAAAUAAUGGAACUGAUGUUACAAAGUCAAACUAGCAUUUGUUAAUUGUUAUAUAUUUUCUGUAUAUAUUAUCUUUAAACUUUCCCUAUCACGAUAGGCCUGAUAACUUUUUUUCACUUUUUAUAUUAGAGAAUUAUAAUCUUUGAUAAUAUUUUAAAGAAAUAUAUAAUAAUGUUGACAACAUUUUUUCUAUUCAAAUGCGAUAUUUUAUUUACUAAUGCGCGCGCGCGCUCUCUCUCUCUCUCUCUCUCUCUCUCUCUCUCUCUCUCUCACAUACAUACAAACGUACAAAGAUACACUCGAUUAAGUAUACUUUAAGGAGGUAUUCUGGUUUAAUAGAUCAAAAAAAUGUUUUUGGGGAAACGUUUUUAAGACAUUAAAUUAAUUUGUACCAUUAAUUUGUACUGCAUACUCUUUCACAACUAAAAAGCUGUGUUUUAAGACUCGAAAAACAUUCGGUAGUUGGAAACGCGCAGUUAAGAAAUCUUGUAAAUAUUUAUAAAUUUACCUAGAAAAUUGUUGAGCAGAACUAGAAAUUACUUUUGACCGGUAUUACCAUUUCUCGUUAAUUUUUUUAUAAUUAGUUUAAUAAUAUUUAACUAUUUUUAAAAUUUAAAAAUACUACUUUCUCGUAUUAGACACUGAUCAUGAACAGCUUGCAAAAAAUGCAAGACUGAAAUAAAUAGCCAUUCUUUUUAACAUCUUAAAAAAAAAAACAUUUUUCUUAUUCGAGAAAGAUAUGAUUAAUAUUAGAAUUAGUACUAAAUAAAGUAUUUAAAAAAAUUAUCUUGUAAGAAAUUUUUAUUUAUCAUGACAAUUUGUAAUUUUAUUUUUACAGAAACAGAAACAAUACGUAAUAAUGAUUCUAACUCCAAUGAAAACAGGAUACUUGAUAUAUUUGUAAACAAAAAUUUAUAUCGAUUAAAAUCGAUAUUUCUAAUAGUUUUUAAGAAAUUCCCCAAAAACACGAUUUUGAGAAAACUGUAUUUUAAAGUUUUAAGUUUAAAGAAUAUUUUAAUUUUAAAAUACGUUUCAAGUUUUAAGUUUAUAGCUUUUACAUAUAUUUUUAAAUUCUUGAAAAAAAAAUACAAAAAUGGUACCAAAAAUGAAAAUACCUCUUUAAUACAUCAAGCUGUAUUUGCAUGUAUAUCUCAUAGAUACAAAACUCUAUUUUUAUUAGCUAAAUUGACAUUUAUCUCAGAUAACUAAGAGUAUCUAACAAGAAAAGAACACAGUUACGUCAUCGAUUUUUUCCACAUGGUAAAUCUACGUCAAACAUAUAUUAAUUCGUGUCUGAGUGUUUUGUCCAAAGCAUCUUGUAAAUGGUAGUUUUUAAUGUUUGAUUAACGUUACCAUUUUUUUAUAUAUUUGACAAACAUAGAUUUUGAUCGCGCGUCUUUGCCAUUCAUGGUAUUAUCAAGUCUUACGCUUAUCAAUUGUGCUACGCGGCAUUUCUUGCCGAAGCAUCUUAAACUUUAUAACCUAUACUCUGGGUGUUUUUCAGCAAGCAACACAAGCGAUACAGUAUGACGCUGUGUCCAUUAGUGUGAGAGAGAAGAUUUUAGUUGUCUCGCUCACACUAAUGGACAGUGUCGUACUAUGUCACCUGUGUUGUUUGUUGGAAAGCACGAAUUCUUAAACCUACGAAUUCUUAAACCCAAUUUUUUAUUAUUUGGUUAACUUAUUGUUAAACUUAAUCUGAUGUUUUAUUUAAUGAGGUUGAUCUAUGGCAUCAUCAGGGAUGUAAGAUCAUGAAAAUCUGGACCCUAAAAUUUUAAACUUAAAAAAAUACUAUUUACAAGGCACAUCGGACACAAA